AACAUUCAGAAGAAUGUGAACGUUGAUCUGUAUUUGGGUGCUAGAAGUCAAGUAGACAUUUCUCAUCGCUGGCCUGAGGCUGCUGCAUUUGGUGUAACUCCCAGCCAGGCAGCAGGACAAGGCUGGGUUUGUACCACACCUCUGUCACCUGGGCAGAGCGAGCCCAGUCCGAUAUAGACUAAUACUCUCCUGCCCUUCUCAGCUGUUCCAGGACACCACCAGUCAGUUCUCCACUUCCCGCUUCCAGCAGCAGAAUAAUCUCUGCUUCAGGCUGCAGCAGCACAGCUCUCAGUAUGUGGCUCACAGGAUUCCCCAUCUUGCUUUGUCAGUGCAACACCAUCAGAAAGCAAAGGCAGUUGGCACCUGCUCAGCACCUACUGCUCACCAUCACUGUUCAGAAGGAAGGAACAAGAACGGUGACUACCCAGUAGAAAAACAGCAGCUUCGUCCUGUAUCUUGUAUCGAUCCUGGGAACCCUUCACUGGUCAAUAAACAUUUGUCACUUCGUACUGUAGAUUCCCCUCUUAGACACAAAUUAGAGCUGUGUCCCUCUUCAAGGAGCUCAGGUGACAGUGUGAAUGCUUGUCAUAGUUCAGCCCUGACUUUGGGGGAUCUCGGUCUACCUAAUUUGGAGUCCCUUCAGACUCUCUUGCAGUUGUCACGGAUUUCUGCUGGCUUGUACUGUUCGGUCUGGAGUCUGAAGCAAAAAAUUGUUUUGAUGGGAAUACGGGGCUCCCUUCCUUUGGAGCCCAGCUCUCCUCCAGGCAGUGGCAGUUUGUGCUUUGCUCCUGAUGAUUCACCUUCUAGUACCGUGAGCACAGGAGACCAGCUAGCUGGAGUGAAAAACAGUGCUGCUCAGGCAAGGUUGAAAUGGAGCAUCCCAUUUGCCAAAGGCUGGAGCCUUGAUGCAGUGGCAAGGGACUUGAGUCAUGCUGAACCUAUCUCUGCCUCUCAUGGAUGUGGGUGUGUUGACUCCAGCAUGUGGAGAACAAAACUUUCAGGUGACAUCUGGCCAGAAAGACUGUCUGCUGAGGUGGGCUCUGGCAGGCUUGUGGAUACAAAAGCACAUUCCUCCAACAACUGCUCCCCUCACUUCAGAUGCCAGUCCCAGGCAAAGUCAACUCCAGAAGAAACUGGUGGUCUUUAUGUUCAUACAAAAAUUCAUUCUUCUGAAAAGGCUCUUAAAGAGACAUCUGGUGGGGCAUUCGCAUGUCCUAUACCUUGGAAAAAAGAUCUUCCAGUCAGCCUGUAUCCUGAGGGUCUGCAGGUGUCACUGGAAACGUGUUUUGAGGGAGCUCAGGUGAAUGUUGGUGUAGCCAUGUAUGGGACUCCAAGGGAAGUGUGUUUAAGAGUCACUUCUCCUUCUGGAGAUCAAGAGUUUAGACCAAUACAGCAGCUUAGUAUUAGAUCUGCAGAAGUCAACAAUUGUGAACCUCCUGUUGAGUCCAGCAAAGUGUUAGAAGAGGUUUGUGACUCUACAUCACAAGCAGCCAGGAGAAUGACAGUGGUGGGCAACAGCCAGUCCAGCCCUUCCAGUAUUCAGGUUGAAAAAGGCUUUGGUGAAUAUUCUGACGUAGAAUGUGGGAAUGUGAGCAGAGAAGGAAGGAGAAACAAAUGCUCCUACCAAAGCAGCUGGAGGAAUUGGGAAGCUGAUGCCAGUCUUGACUGCUCUGAAGAUCCUUUGGUGGAGAAGAGUGUCCAAGAACCAGAGUACUGUGAAGAAGGGAACCAGGCACAGGAAACUGCCUCCAGAGAGGUGUCAGAGAACAGCUGCUGGUCUUUGAAGGUGCAUGAGCAAAGUUUCCAGCAGUUAUGUGACAGACUAAUAGUAAGCAGGUAUUUCCAAGCCUGGAGGGACCACAUCCUCUGGAAGAGGGCUGCAGCCACACAGCUUUACAGGCGCCGACUGCUUCAGAAGGGCCUUGGGGCCUUUCAGUGGGCUGUGCACCUGAGGAGGAUGCAGCUGGAGGUAGCCCAGCAGAGACAUGCCUCGGCUCUGCUAGCUGCCAGCUUCCGCAAGUGGAAUGAAGCUGUAGCGAAAAGGGGCAAGAAGCAAGCUCCACAGCCUGCGCCGUAUUCUUAUACCCAAAGUUCAUCAGUGGGUUUUUCUGGAUUAGGAAGAUUAGCAACUAUGACAACCUCAGCUCAGCACCAGCUUACAGCAGCAUACUUGAAGGAAGCUGAGCAGGCUUGUAGGGUGGAGAGUGAACUCUGGACGCAGCUUCAUCGUAGGCAGGGAGAUGAGUUCUGUUGGAGAACUCAAGCAAUCAGAGACAUGAGACGUCUGGCUGCUUUCAGACUGUGGUGCCUGCAGAAGGAGCUGCUGAGCAAAGAGGAAGCCAGGCUCCUGGAAGCACGUGCCCUGCUGGAAAAGAAGCGGCUACGAAACAUUUUCCAGUUGUGGCGGUCCCAAUGCUUAGAAAUGAAAAAGAUUUUACAACUGACAACUUGUAUCCAAAGAAACUUAGUCUCCCGGUGCUUCAGGGUGUGGAAGGAGACUGUUGAGCAGAAAGCAUUUUACAGGUGCAACCUGGCCCAUCUCAGAGUAGAAUCACUGGGGAAAUACUUCCAGCAGUGGAUUCAGAUGCUGCAGAUCAGAGAAAGCAAUAAGCAGGUGAUGGUGAACUUCUUCCUUCUGAGACGGAGGCAACAUUAUGGACCAGCUGUAAGCUCAGUAGCUGAUAAGACUGUGACAGAGAGAUAUGACAGUCAGCCACGGUGGACGGCAGGGAGAUGGUUUCCUGAGAAAACAGGCUACUCUCUCGAUGACUUGUGCCUGAAGGUGAAACUGCAGAGAGCGUAUCUGCUGUGGAAAGCGAGGCUUUACGAGCACCACAGAGCUGAUUCUUUCACUCAGGCUCUGGAGCAGUAUAGACUCAGAAAAGCUCUGAAAGUGUGGCAUCAAAAGUUUCUCAUGCUGAAGACAAUUGAACCAAGUCCUAAGCACUCUCAUGGGACUGUCUGUGAAGAACCUCUUGCCUUGCUGUUUUGUGAGGACCUCUCAACAUCUUCUGGCUUCCACAGCAGCGCUCCAGCUACUCUCACUUCUCAAAGCUCACUGGAAAAGGAAUACAGUUUUAGUGACAGCAGCCAGCAGAGCUGCUCUUCCAUUGUGACUGCUGAAGAUGUGACACGUGUGCCAUGUUACAGUUCUUUCCUGCAACUGCACCAGCGUGCAGAGCUGCCAGCUGAGCUCGAUGGGGAGUUGUACUUGCAGGCCUCUUUCCCUUCACGGAGUAGCGGAUCUAGAGAAAAUUGGUUUGUGGGAGGUCAGUUCCAGUCUUUGGCACUGCAGAAUCCAGACAGUAAUGUCCAGUCGCUCAUCGGUAACUCUGCGUGGAAAGAGGACUGCAAUUCUGAGAGGGAUGUGAAGAGCUGCUGGCACCAAGCAGAGAAAUCCUGCGUGCAGAGAGUCUUUCUCAGGUGGCACCACUGGGCUGUGGAAAACCAGAAACAAAAAGCAGCAGCAGCCCUUAAACAUCAAGUUCAUUGCUGCCAGACGGCUUUCAGCCUGUGGAAGAAGAGACUGGUCCAGAAAGUGGAAGCUGACCAGAGAUUCAGGUGUCACAUCCAGCAGAUGACUGCUGAUGCUCUGUGGUGUUGGCAUUCCUACUGUCAAAGGAAUUGUGCUAUGAGAGAGCUGCAGCAACGAUGGGUUCAGCACAGCCACCAGAAGAAGAAGAGGUUGAUCCUGCAGACGUGGUAUUGCCAAACAAGGCAACUGAAAAAAGCUGCUUUAUUCUGGGAGCGUCUUCUCCUGCGCAGGUGCCUAAUCAUCUGGGUCCAGGUCACUGCCUACAGACUGAGGCAGCAUGAAGCCCUCUCUUUUUUCAAAAGAGUCAGAGAGCACCAUCUCCUAAUAGCAAGCUUUGCUGAGUGGAGGGUGAAAUUCUUGACAGCUAAACAGCAGGUGCUGAGAGAGGAGAGAAACCGCGAGUGGCAGGGACGCUCUCAGGCUAAAGCCUGUCACCGUUGGCGACUGGCCUCGAGGGGACGGCAAGCCUUUCGCCUGGGGUCUGUGGCUGCUGUGAAACAGGCCUGCAACUACUGGACAAAAACAGCUGCUUUUUCCCAGUGCUCACGGCAAUGCAGUACCCUGAUAGGUGCAAGGAAGAGCAGGAAGAUGUCUCUGUCUUGGUCCCUAAAAAGGAGAGGGUGCAGAGAAAAGGCUUCAGCACUAGCUUCCUUCUUUGGGCUUUUUCCCAGUGCUGUUCACCGUUGGCUGGUGAUCUACAGAAACCAAACAAGAGCUGAAAGGCUGCAGCUCCCUCAGCUGCUAGGAAGACAUGGCUUGGUAGGACCUGUUCCUGCACAUGCCGGGAUCCAGGAGAAUAAAGCAGAGGUGGACUCUGAGAAGCGGGAUGAGAAGAGGCUUGGGAGGAAGUAUCUGAGGUGGUGGCAUCGCACAGUGAUGCUGCGCCGGUGCCAGCGUGGCAGGAGGCUGCGCUGUCUGGCAAGGGGGUGGCAUCAAUGGAAAGAAGCCAGCAGGGUGGUGAUGCUGGCACAAGUGUUGGACCAGCAGCGGCUGAUAGAGAAAGCCUGGAGGGCGUGGAGACGACGAUACUUACAAAGCUGUGCGGUGCAGAACUUUUUGGAAGUAGAAGCCAGGAGCUUACUGUCCCAGGCCUUUGGAAGGUGGCGCCAGCUAACAGCAUUCCAGCUCAAGGACAAAGGACGCUGCUGAAUGGUGGGGGCCUGUCUGCAGCUGCUCAUUUCAGGAGCCGAGGAUACAGCUGGCUGUCACAACAAAGAGCUGGUCCGUUGCAAUCAAGAAAGCAGCACAUGCUCUACUCACAUAAAAACAGUGCUGCAGGCAAGAAGUGUGAUAGCCAAAGGACAACCAAGAAGAGAUGGUACCUAGUGAAAAGUCCUCUUUAAAGGACUGAUACCGUACUUCCCUACAGCCACAAACUUAAACUUACUCCCUCUUGUUGUGAGAUUACAUCUCCUUCUCUUCUAGACCCUGAUUUUGUUGGAGUUCUGAUUAAAGGUCAAAAAACACCUU